CAUGACGCACACCCGAUGGGAGUGCUCGUCAGUGCCAUGAGUGCUCUUUCUGUCUUUCAUCCUGAUGCCAAUCCUGCUCUCAGGGGCCAAGAUCUGUACAAGUCAAAACAAGUGAGAGACAAACAAAUAGCUCGUAUUCUUGGCAAGGCGCCCACUAUUGCGGCCGCAGCUUAUUUGAGGCUGGCAGGAAGGCCUCCAGUUCUGCCUUCCAGCAAUCUUUCUUAUGCUGAAAACUUCCUAUAUAUGCUUGACUCUUUAGGCAAUAGAGCAUAUAAACCCAAUCCUCGACUAGCUCGUGUGAUCGAUGUUCUCUUUAUACUGCAUGCUGAACAUGAAAUGAAUUGCUCUACAGCUGCUGCUCGUCAUCUUGCAUCGAGUGGUGUUGAUGUAUAUACUGCUCUUGCUGGAGCUGUUGGAGCCCUAUAUGGUCCUCUUCAUGGUGGAGCUAAUGAGGCCGUGCUUAAGAUGCUGAGUGAGAUAGGUACUGUUGACAAUAUUCCUGAGUUCAUUGAAGGUGUGAAGAACAGAAAGAGGAAGAUGUCUGGUUUUGGGCACCGUGUAUACAAAAACUAUGAUCCCAGAGCAAAGGUCAUUAGGAAACUAGCAGAGGAAGUAUUUUCCAUUGUUGGUCGGGAUCCUCUUAUCGAGGUAGCUGUUGCUUUGGAGAAAGCUGCACUAUCUGAUGAGUAUUUUGUUAAAAGGAAGUUAUAUCCAAAUGUUGAUUUCUAUUCUGGAUUGAUAUAUAGGGCUAUGGGAUUUCCAACGGAGUUCUUUCCUGUACUGUUUGCCAUCCCCCGCAUGGCUGGGUACUUGGCUCACUGGAGAGAGUCUCUCGAUGAUCCUGAUACGAAGAUAAUGAGACCACAGCAGGUUUAUACCGGGGUUUGGAUGAGACAUUAUAUGCCACCGAAUGAACGGAUGAUGUCAAAAGAGGGGGACAGGCUUGGUCAAGUAUCUGUUUCUAAUGCCACUAGACGAAGGUUGGCUGGCUCCGGCAAGUAAACAUUUUAAAUUUAUGAAUAACAUCACGUAGAAGCAAAAUAAGUGGUACGAAUAAAUUUAAUAUUGUUUUUGAUAGCUUUCUGUUUGAAUAUCCUCAACAAAAACAGGAAGUUUAUAAUGUUCUGUUGCUUAAACUGGAGACACAUACGCAGUAUUUGUAUUUAUGAACAACUGUUGCGGUUUGGAAUUCCUAUAGCUGUUUGUACAAAUCUUGUAAUUGUUUAUUGGUUUCCCCUUUGCUGUUCUUCUUUCUCUCCA